CGCAGCCCCGGCCCCGGCCUGCUGCAGCCUGUGACAGACCCCGCGGCUCUGACGCAGCUGAUCCCCCGGCGCCACCGUGUCCUGCCUGCCCGCCGAGGUGUCGCGGGGGGGAGGGCUGCGGGGACGGGGCUGGGGCGGUUGGUGCCGGCAGGGCCGAGCUGAGGAAAGGUCCGGGCAGCGCAGGGAGGUGCCGAGGGAGGAAGCCCCCGCCUUGAGGAAGUCUUGCCUUGCUCCCAAUCUUGAAUCCGGGUCUGAGGGGCCUGAAGGCAGGAGGCAUUUGCCUGGUCACCCUCCCUCUCAGUGCAGUUCUUGCCGCAGGACAAGCUGUGCUGUGCUGUGGACAUCACUUGCCACUCCUUUGGGGGUGGUAUUUGGAUCCUGGCUUCCUUGGUUAGAAAAUAAGUUGAGAGAGUAGGAGGGGCCAUUUCCUCGUGUGGGCUGUUGACUUUUUUUGUUGUUGACAUUCAGUGAAUAAAUCCAAGGAGUGAUGGGUUUGCUGUUUGUUUUUAUGGUAAAACAUUGGGUGCAGAAACUGACCUAUAGUAAGAUACUUGCAUUCAUCUCGGUGGAAGCCGACUUACCCACUUGUAAAGGUGGCUAUAACAAUGGAAAAUAUAGAAAUCUUAACUUGGGCAGUUAUUAAUUCAUCUCUUAAGAUUGGUUCAGGCCUAAAACUUUAGGGAUAUCUCCCCCCCCACCCCCUUUCACAGGGCGGGGCAGAGAAGAUUUUAAUACAUGGAAGAACUGGCUGUAAAUUACGAUGACUGUUUUGAUUGUCAAAUCUUAAAAGUAAAAGCAAUAUGUUAAGUGUGUGCUGUAAGUGAAACUUCAUGCUUUUUAGCUGUAACGAAAGGUUUAAUUAGCAACUAAGGCUUGUCUCUUAGAUAUAUCUAACUGUAAUGACUAUUUCGCAUAAUUUUCUAUUGGAAAGCUGCAAACUUCUGAGGUAUACAUGUUACACCUUUCAAAGAAAUGUUCACUUGUUUCAUGAGGAAAACUUUAAUUUUUGCCUUACAGAUCAAACAAUAGAACUAGACCAUGCAAAACAACACUGGGUUUAUCUGUCCCAUAAAUCUCGGGGUCUGAGGAUUCGACUGAGCACUGUUCCUGCUCUGUGGUGCUUGGGUCUGAUGACUCUUAGCACCCGGGACCGCACCAUCCAGCCAUCCAGUUAGACCUAUGAAGCAGUGCAUUAGUCAUCCCAAGUCCCCAGUUCCUUCAUUACACUCGUCUCAGUGCUCCCUUCACUCUGGAACUACGGUUUAUAUUUUAAACCUUCAAAGGAGAUGCUGAAGAACAAUAGAAAAAUAGGAAAUGGAUAUUAAUAUACUAGCUGUCAAGCUGCUUGGCUGAGAUUUUAUGAAAACAUUCUAACCAUAGGCUGUAAUGAACACUUUUAAGAAGAGUAUGCACCGUGGAGAUGUCAGAUAAUGGCAGUAUCCUCACUCCUUACUAAGGUAGUAGGAGAAAUACAAGGUGAAGAAAUGAGCCGUCAGACUGCUACAGCACUCCCGACAGGUACUUCAAAGUGUACGCCAUCACAGAGGGUGCCUGCAUUAACUGGCACUACAGCUUCCAACAAUGACUUGGCUAGUCUUUUUGAGUGUCCUGUGUGUUUUGACUAUGUGCUGCCACCUAUUCUUCAGUGUCAGAGUGGCCAUCUUGUUUGUAGCAACUGUCGACCCAAGCUCACAUGCUGUCCGACUUGCCGAGGCCCACUGGGCUCCAUUCGCAACUUGGCUAUGGAAAAAGUUGCCAACUCUGUACUCUUCCCAUGUAAAUAUGCCUCUUCAGGAUGUGAGAUAACCUUGCCCCACACAGAAAAAGCAGACCAUGAGGAGCUGUGUGAGUUUAGGCCUUAUUCAUGUCCAUGUCCUGGUGCUUCAUGUAAAUGGCAAGGUUCUCUGGAUGCUGUAAUGCCACAUCUAAUGCAUCAACAUAAGUCAAUAACAACAUUACAGGGAGAAGAUAUAGUUUUCCUUGCUACAGACAUUAAUCUGCCUGGUGCUGUCGACUGGGUUAUGAUGCAGUCUUGUUUUGGCUUUCAUUUCAUGUUAGUGCUGGAGAAACAGGAAAAAUAUGAUGGUCACCAGCAGUUCUUUGCAAUUGUACAGCUGAUAGGAACACGCAAGCAAGCAGAAAAUUUUGCUUAUCGACUUGAGCUUAACGGUCAUAGGCGGCGAUUGACUUGGGAAGCAACUCCUCGCUCUAUUCAUGAGGGAAUUGCAACAGCCAUUAUGAACAGUGACUGUCUAGUCUUUGACACCAGCAUUGCACAGCUUUUUGCAGAAAAUGGCAAUUUAGGCAUCAAUGUAACUAUAUCAAUGUGUUGAAAUGGCAAUCAGGCAUUUCCAGGCCAGUGUUUUAAAACCAUUGCAUUUAAUUUUUGCAGAACCUAGGGUAACCAUCUGACUGCCAGACAAAUUAUUUGGUAGAUGGAGGCUAGACAUACAUGAAGGUAAUAAGAGGAAAGGCUGUAAAAUUACAGGAAGCAGUUGCAUGUAGUAACACUAAUAUAUUUAAAAUAAGUCAACAGUAAACCACUGAAAUAUAUAUACACCCAAAAUGGGCAUCUUUUGUAUUAAGAAUUGAUUCUACAGGAAAUGUUGUAAAAUAAUUCUAAAAACUUGUUUGUAGAUUGAUUGUACUGUUGAAAAGGAUACUGUUUCGUGUUUUUGUGGGUUUUUUGUUUUGUUUUUUUGUUUUUUUCUUUUGACUGACAAGCCAUGUUGAGCGGUCUGGUCUCUGGCCGCUGCUUUUUUUCCCCCUUUGUAAGUCACUACAUAGUAUUGCUGCUGUUUGUGUAUAUUUUUUGUGUAUUUGCUAAUUUUUAUUAACUUCUAGUUUUUCAUUAAAUAAAUAUGACUUUCUUUUCUGUAAUUCAGGUUUUUCUCUUUUUUUUGUACCUUUUAAAAUUAAUUACAGGUGUCUUAUUUGAUAUGCAUAAUUGCUUAUGGUAAAAAUUAUAAUUCUGUAUAUUUGGUAAAUUUUGUCUCUUUCCAGUAGUCCAUUCAUUGGUAAUACUGUUCUUAAUUGAGCUAUUUUGUGAAUGUAUUAAAUGCUAAACUAGUAAGUAUGUUGGAAGAAGUACCAGGAAAAAAAAGCUCCUUUAAAAACAGGUCUAGAUUUUUUUUUUUUUGGAUUUACACUUCCAAACAAAGUAAAGAAUUAUUAGGGGAACAUUUAAAAAAAAUGAAAAUUCAGGCACAGUUUCAGAUUUAGAGAAAUGUAGAGACUCAAUCUCAUCCUUGUAUUUAUUGUUUUUGCAGUACAAAGAAGGCAUUGUCUUAUGCAGUAUUUGUAACUCUAAAAACAGGCCAUUUGCUUAAAGGCAGUAUCAGAAUAAGAUGUUCUUGGUCUUUUAUAAUUGUCAUUAAACGAAUACCUGGCAAAUUAAAAA